UAGACUAGCGCUUUAACAAGGCACUUACUGCCUUUCAGCCACCCGAGUUCUCGCGAGACUUGCUACUCUGCUCCCCCACGUCCUCUCCCUUGCGCCUGCGCACAUCCCUUCAAAGCAGAAGGUCGCGCCUGGAGGAAGUGGCCGCUUUGGGUUCCGCGGCCGCAGCGCCAUUACUACUUCUCUGAAGCUCCCCUCGGCCGCUUGCCGUGACACCCCGCCGCCAAGAUGCCUCGAAUUAUGAUCAAGGGGGGCGUGUGGAGGAAUACCGAGGAUGAAAUUCUGAAAGCAGCGGUAAUGAAAUAUGGGAAAAACCAGUGGUCUAGGAUUGCCUCAUUGCUGCAUAGAAAAUCAGCAAAGCAGUGCAAAGCCAGAUGGUAUGAGUGGCUGGAUCCAAGCAUUAAGAAAACAGAAUGGUCCAGAGAAGAAGAGGAAAAACUAUUGCACUUGGCCAAGUUGAUGCCAACUCAGUGGAGGACCAUUGCUCCAAUCAUUGGGAGAACAGCUGCUCAGUGCCUGGAACACUAUGAAUUUCUUCUAGAUAAAGCUGCCCAAAGAGACAAUGAAGAGGAAACAACGGAUGAUCCACGAAAACUAAAACCUGGAGAAAUAGAUCCAAAUCCAGAAACAAAACCAGCACGGCCUGAUCCAAUAGAUAUGGACGAGGAUGAACUUGAGAUGCUUUCUGAAGCUAGAGCCCGCCUGGCUAAUACUCAGGGAAAGAAAGCCAAGAGGAAAGCAAGAGAGAAACAGUUGGAAGAAGCAAGGCGUCUUGCUGCCCUCCAGAAGAGACGGGAACUGCGAGCAGCUGGCAUAGAAAUUCAGAAGAAGAGAAAAAAGAAGAGAGGAGUUGAUUAUAAUGCUGAAAUCCCAUUUGAAAAAAAGCCUGCUCUUGGUUUCUAUGAUACUUCUGAGGAAAACUACCAGGCUCUUGAUGCAGAUUUCAGAAAACUAAGACAACAGGAUCUUGAUGGAGAGCUGAGAUCUGAAAAAGAAGGAAGAGAUAGAAAAAAAGACAAGCAGCACUUGAAAAGGAAAAAAGAAUCUGAUUUACCAUCAGCUAUUCUUCAAACUAGCGGUGUUUCUGAAUUUACUAAAAAGAGAAGCAAACUAGUACUUCCUGCCCCUCAGAUUUCAGAUGCAGAACUUCAGGAAGUUGUAAAAGUAGGCCAAGCAAGUGAAAUUGCACGUCAAACUGCCGAGGAAUCUGGCAUAACAAACUCUGCUUCGAGUACUCUUUUGUCUGAGUACAACGUCACCAACAACAGCAUUGCUCUUAGAACGCCACGAACACCAGCUUCCCAGGACAGAAUUCUGCAGGAAGCUCAGAACCUCAUGGCUCUGACCAACGUGGACACCCCAUUAAAAGGUGGACUGAAUACCCCUCUGCACGAGAGUGACUUCUCAGGUGUGACUCCACAGCGGCAGGUUGUACAGACUCCAAAUACAGUUCUUUCUACCCCAUUCAGGACUCCUUCUCAUGGAUCCGAAGGGCUGACUCCUCGGAGUGGAACGACUCCAAAACCAGUUAUUAACUCCACCCCGGGUAGAACUCCUCUUCGAGACAAGUUGAACAUUAAUCCUGAGGAUGGAAUGGCAGACUACAGUGAUCCCUCUUAUGUGAAGCAGAUGGAAAGAGAGUCUCGUGAACACCUCCGUUUAGGGUUGUUGGGCCUUCCUGCUCCUAAGAAUGACUUUGAAAUUGUUCUACCAGAAAAUGCUGAGAAGGAGCUGGAAGAUCGUGAAAUAGAUGAUACUUACAUUGAAGAUGCUGCUGAUGUAGAUGCACGAAAGCAGGCCAUACGAGAAGCAGAACGUGUAAAGGAAAUGAAACGAAUGCACAAAGCUGUCCAGAAAGAUCUGCCAAGACCAUCAGAAGUAAAUGAAACUAUUCUAAGACCCUUAAAUGUAGAACCACCUCUAACAGAUUUACAGAAAAGUGAAGAACUAAUCAAAAAAGAAAUGAUUACAAUGCUUCAUUAUGACCUUCUGCAUCACCCUUAUGAACCAUCUGGAAAUAAAAAAGGAAAAACUGUAGGAUUUGGUACAAAUAAUUCAGAGCACAUUGCUUAUCUGGAACAUAACCCUUAUGAAAAGUUCUCCAAAGAAGAACUGAAAAAGGCUCAGGACAUUCUGGUGCAGGAGAUGGAAGUGGUAAAACAAGGAAUGAGCCACGGAGAACUCUCAAGUGAAGCCUAUAACCAGGUGUGGGAAGAAUGCUACAGUCAAGUUUUGUAUCUCCCUGGGCAGAGCCGCUACACACGGGCCAACCUCGCUAGCAAAAAGGACAGAAUUGAGUCACUUGAAAAGAGGCUUGAGAUAAACAGGGGUCACAUGACGACAGAAGCCAAGAGAGCUGCAAAGAUGGAAAAGAAGAUGAAAAUUUUGCUUGGGGGUUACCAGUCUCGUGCUAUGGGGCUCAUGAAACAGUUGAAUGACUUGUGGGACCAAAUUGAGCAGGCUUACCUGGAGUUACGCACUUUUGAAGAACUCAAGAAACAUGAAGACUCUGCUAUUCCCCGGAGGCUAGAGUGUCUAAAAGAAGAUGUUCAGCGACAACAGGAAAGAGAAAAGGAACUUCAGCAUAGAUAUGCUGAUUUACUGCUGGAGAAAGAGACUUUAAAGUCCAAAUUCUGAAACGUAGAUUAUAUUCUGUCACAAGAUGAAUUAAUUGCUGGUUUUCAUACUCUGGAAGGCUGAAACUGAUGUUUAUCUUCAUUGACAAAUUUGCCCACGAUCUGUGGUUUUUCAGUUGUUUAUUUUAAGUGAUAUCGAUCUUACACAUUCUGUGUAUAAAGACUUUAACUCCAUAGGGCAUUUUAGGGUUUAAAUUAUUAAGGUGAUCAUUCUUUUAGCAGUGUCAUAUUUGCAAAAUUUUUUCAGUUUGACCUUUAAUUUUAAAAGCCUGAUUUUAAAAUGCUGCCUGUGAGUAAACUCUUGAAUAAAAACAAAAUAUAAAAAAUUGAGAAUGUAGCCCUUUGUUUGAAGUAAUUAGAUACUUAGAGUGCCCACAAACCAGCAAAUAUGUACUCUGGGUCAUAUUUAAUGAGUAACUCUUGGGUAAUCAAAAUGGCAAUCCAGAAUCUUAACUUAAAUCCUUAAGAGGCAAUCCUUUUGUGGCUUUGUUAGUUUUGACCGUUUUAGCAUAGAACGGUCAUUUCUCUGUACACUGACAAGAUAGAUUAAGUUUUUCAUAGCUCAUUUUUCUUUUUCAGUAUAACUUUAGGGAGGGUUUCUUCUCUGCGCAGCUACUUAGACAGUUUGCGGAUUAGGACUCAAAAGAUUUAAUUUUUCUUGCCCUGUUAUUUUCUUGUAAAUAUUUUUUUGACAGGCAUUUUAAAGAUAAAUUUCAACAAGGCUAUCAAACUUUAUUAAAACUCUGUGUUUAUCUGAAGUCAAUCACACGAGUGUAGAAUUUGGGGAAUGGGUAAAGGUGGGCAGAUCUAACUUUAUAGCAAUUCGUAUGAGGUCAUGCAGGACAGUAUUGAUUGGCUACAGGUUCAGUAUGGGCCAACAAUGUGUUGGACCCACCAAAAGAUUGCUCAGUCUUAGACUACUGGAGACUAAGGAAGGAAAGAAGAGGUUUUCUUCCUUCAUUGGUUCAUUUAUCAGAUUUUAUUGACUAUAUACCCAGUGUUGGAGUCCUGGAGAUAGAACAAUCAAUAAAAUAGGUAUGGUUCCUGUUUUGUGGAGCUUACCAGUCUAUUGAGAAUGCUAGACAAGUAAAAUUCACAUGUUUAUUGGGUGACUCUUCUUACGUGUUAGGCACUUAUUAAGUCUUGGUGAUUAACAGUUAUUAAGACAAAGUUCCUGCUCUCAUGGAGGUGACGGUAGUGGGAGGAGAUACUAAACAUACAGGGAAAAGUAUUAGAUCAUGAACUUUAGAUUCUAUGGAAGGAAGUAAAAUAUGGUGAUGAGAGAGAGUGGCUGGGUGGCUUCUUUAGGUUGGAUGAUCAAAGAGCUCUCUGAGGAGGUAGCAUUUAGGAUAAGAUGUGGUUGGCGUCUUGGAAGGAGCCAUCCUUGGGAGAUUCAAGGGAAGAGCCAUGUCGGCAGAGUGAGUAACUAGCACAAAGCCCCUUUGGUGUGUUUGAGAAACAGAAAGGAAGACAGUGUGGCUAGAGUGUCAAGAAUGGCAUUUGUAUAAGGCCUGGUUGUACAGGGCCAUGUAAGGCUGUGGUAAGGAAUUUGAAUCUUAUCCUGUGAUGGGAGGCUGUGAAAAGAUUGUAAGCAAAGGAAUGACAUGAUCAGAGUUGUUUUAGAAACAUCCUGUGGCCAUCCUGUAUGAUGUCUCACCAGGCUGAGUUAAUUUGGGAGCCUGAUUCAGUAAUCUAGGCAAAAAUAAAAUCGAGUCAAACUAGGAUAGAGGCAGUCUUGAGACAGGUGGAAAGAUUGGAGCUGCAAUAAUUCUGUAGUCUCACCAGAUCAUAAAUGUAUACUUUCCUGGUAUCUAGUCACUUAAUUCUAGUACUUUUUUUGGUAAUUUUGUAUGGGUUUUCUAGGAAAUACUUUAUCAUCUAUGAAUAAUGAUAAUGUUUCUUGUAAUAGUUUUAUUUUUGCUGCAUGUUUUGUUGGCGGAAAUGUUGAGGACAAUGGUAAAUGGUGAUGAUAGUGGACACUCAUGUUUUGUUUCCGAUUGUAACGUGAAUGUCCAGUGUUUACCUUUAGGUUGGCUGUUUUGAGUCAGAUAUUCUUUAUUUAGAAAGGAUAUCUAGAAAUACCUAUUUUUAGUUUUUCAAGAAUUUGAAGUGGGAAUGGCUCUGAAAUUUUGUCACAUAUACUUUUUGGAUAUCUGUGAAGAUGAUCAUUUAGUUUUUUUCUUUUUCAUUUGAUUCCUUGAUGACAUGUUAGUAGGUUUUCCAGCAUUAAACCAUCUUUGAACUUCUGGGAUCAUAGAUUAACUAAAAAAAUUUUUUUUAAAGAGAUUUACAGUUUUCUUGCAUCCUAUGUAGACUUGAAUUAUAUGGAUUUAAAAUAGUUGAUCUAAUAAUAUUAAUAAAGACUCACAUGGUUUUCAAAAUUUGAAGUAAUGUACAUACUUAGAGCUUAAAAAAUGGCCAAUAAUGGCAUCAUUUCACAACUGACAGUCUCAGUGCAUUUGUAAACUGCUGGUGAUUCUGCCACACAGCAGUGCGGCUUUAACCGGUAAACAGACGUGCCGUCCUCCUUCCUCAGCGCCCGGUGAAGCCCAGGGCUCUUCCCCAGCACCAGUCUGACAGCGAUUUUGGUGCCUCUCAACAGUCACGUUGAUCAUGUUCUCUCACAGGCUUCAUUGAGUGGUAAUGGAACAGCCAGUGUUGGAAAGUAUGUUCAAGUCUCAGUAACUUUGGGACAGAAAUUAAAGUUGAUAAAGAGCCAAAAGAAACCACCACCAUGAGCGAGAGUCCUGUUUGAAAUAUUAGAAAUAAUUACAAACAUUCUCUGGCCAUCCUGUAUAAUGUCUCACCAGGCCGAGAUAAGAAAAAGCGGUGUCGAAAGAAAAGAAUACACUACGGUGAUUGUGGACUUAGGCUGUCCAGCCAUGCGGCCCGUGUUUUUACAUUUAUUUUUCUCGGAAAAUUAGUUUUGAAAUACGUGAUGUCCUCUGGAAUGCUUUUCUUCUAAAAUGGGACUGCCCUGUUGGCACUAUAGAAUUUGAUUUGCUAAUAUUUUAUUUAGGGAAAUGGCAUUAUUACAUGAGUGAGUUUGGUCUUUUGGGCUGUCAUCACCCAGGUUUUGACAUGCGGAUUCUGCCAGCUCUCUAAAGUGAAUAGGAUAACUGUAUAAAUUUUCGUGUGAUUAAGCAGUUACGUUACAGUAUGGGAGUGAUUUGUUCCAUGGAAGAUGGAAGGACUGUACUUAUAAAACUUUGAAGUUCAGAGCCCUGUUUGGAGAUAAUUUCGGGAUAUAACUGUCAGUUUCUUCUGUAACUAUUAGUAUCUUAUCUGUUUUUAAAUUUAAAUUUUCUGUUUUAAAAUGUAUUUCUCCUUUUGUGUUUAUCUACUAAAUUUAAGUAAUUCAUACUUUUCCAUAAAACUUCUCAUUUUGUUGAAAUUUAACAUAUUUGUUAGAGAAUUUUAGUAGAGAAUAAAAAAUCUCAUUUCUAUUAAGUUGCUACUUUUAAGUUAUAAGAAAUUUACCUUUUCUUAAUUCUACCAUGUUUUAUUUUUUCUUCAUUACGCUUGCUAAAGGUAUCUUUUUUCCCUUCAAAAAAAGCUAGUGUUUGGAUUUAUCAAUUGUGAUUUUGUUUUAAAAUGUAUUACUUUCUUAUUUUAUGUUUAUUUCCUUUGUUUUCUCUAGAUUUUUUUCUCUGUAACUUUUUGCGUCUGAUGCUUAUUUUUUAUUUUUGUUUGUGUACAGAUGAAUACGUUGAAGACUUUUGGUUAUGUCUCAUUUCAAAGACGCUCACUUCCCAGCUGUGCUGAUGUGUCUUGUUUUGUAAAUAGUUUAUCAUUCUGUUUUAAGUUUUAGGUUCAAUAAUUAAGAAUAUUUAAAAAUUUCAGUGUGGUUCUUUUUUUUUUAAUCAUUUUUAGAUUGUUGCCUUGUGGAAAGCAAAUAUGGCUUACGUAGUUUCUCCUUUUUAGAAUUUAUUGGGGUUUUGGGGCUGGCAUUUUAAGAAAGUGUUCUAUGGGUGUUCUAAAUGAACGUUUAUUCACUUUCUAUAGGGCAGAGGUGAAUGUGUAGUAUUUAACCACUUUCGUUAUAUUAUUAAAAUCUUAUUUUCUUAUUUUUGGUAAUAAACUAUCUAGACUAACAGUAUUAUCUUAAAGUCUCAUUAUAGUUAUUUUUCUCAAUUUCAUCUUGUUUGUCUAGAACUUUUGCUUUGUAUAUUUUGAUACUGUUCUUUA